AUGGACAGGGAGUCCGGCCAAUGGAGUACCGGCUUGUGUUCAGACAGCAAACCAUUCAUCUGUAAGACAAGCGACACAUUCACAGCACCAGAAGAGGAGGACAGCGGCCGAGAGGUUUGCCCCCAAUAUAACGCACAACAAGAGUCGGCCCUAAAAUGGGUGUCAUUUGACAAGACAUCGGGAUCUUGUUAUCUGUUUAGCUCAGAGUUUGAGCCAAACCUAUUGAGGACAACGUGGGCGGAGGCGUCGGACAGAUGCCAGUCAUUGAACGCCAGCCUAAUGUCUGUCCACUCCUAUAAUUUCGAUACUGUGCUCAAAAUGACGGACAAAAUACGGGACAACACAUGGAUUGGUUUGCAUGAGACUGACGUCGAUCGGUACAAAUGGGACGACGGGUCGGCCGUAGACCUGACGUAUUGGGCGAACAGCGCCGGACACGACACGGAAAACGGUGGCAAAAAAUGUGUGUCAAUGAGACGGGAAACCAUGAAGUGGUCGUUG